AUGUGCAUCAUGAAGACGUACGAAACUCGCGGCCGAGGCGUUGUAGACCCUCCACCACGUCGCGGAAACUUUACAUCCCACCCUCCUGCCGGCACAAUGCGCUUGCCACGCGAAUGGCGCAGAAGCGAAAGUUACAGCGAUGAUGGACGCGAGCGAGUCGUCGCGUACAGGACUUCACAGCCGCGCGCCAUCGAGUACGUGGAGGAACCGAGGCACAGUACGAGGAGUGUAUCGCGCGUUUAUCAUGAUGAUGCGAGGAAGAGCGUUGAUAGGCGGAGGAGCGUGAGUAGGAGGAGGAUUACGGAUGUGGAUAUGGUGAGAGAUCCGAGGGCGAGUGCCGGCUAUGUGGAUGAGAGGUCGACGAGGAGGAGCCUCUAG